CACUACACAAUCAUGUCUGCUGAAGAUACUAAGCCUGUUGUAGCCGAAGAAGCUGCUGCCCCCAAGCCUCCUACUGCCAACGUUUUCUCGAUGUUUGGUGGCUCCAAGAAGGAGAAGAAGGACGAAGAGGAACCUGAAACCAAAGAAGAAAAGAAAGGCGAUGACGAAGAAGCUGCUGCUGAGGAAGAGGUGGACGUCCAUUUCGAGCCAUUAGUGCAAUUGGAAAAGGUCGACGUCAAGACCAACGAGGAAGACGAAGAAGUGUUAUAUAAGGUGCGUGCUAAGUUGUUCAGAUUCCAUGGUGACACCAAGGAAUGGAAAGAAAGAGGCACUGGAGAUGUUAAAUUCUUGAAGCACAAGGAAAGCGGCAGAGUCAGAAUCUUGAUGAGAAGAGACAAGACAUUAAAGAUCUGUGCCAAUCACUUGAUCUCCGGCGACUACGAAUUGAAGCCAAACAUCGGCUCCGACAGAUCGUGGGUCUACACUGUCACUGCUGACAUUUCGGAAGGUGAACCUGAAGCUCAGACUUUAGCCAUCAGAUUCGGCAACAAGGAAAACGCCGACAAGUUCAAGGAGCACUUUGACGAAGCCAGGGAUGCCGCUAAGAAGUAGUCAUAUAGUAGUAUGUAAUAAUGAUACAGAAAGAAUGAU